AUGGACUUCGCGUCCCUCAUGAACAAAGAGCUCUCCAAGGCCAAGACAACAAAAGAUCCGUCUAAAAAGUAUCUCAAAAGAUCCGAAUUGGAAGAAGAACGCAGAAAAGCAUAUCUAGCGGAACAAAAGGCACUCGAGGAGGAGCGGGAAGCAAAAGCAGCAGCGAAGCGCAAACGAGAGGAAGAGCUGGCGGCGGAGAACGCAGCCCGCGAGGAGAAACGACGCAAACUAGCACAAGAGUCGAGAAAACUCAGAGAGGAAAGGGAAGAGGAAGAGGAGCGGGCCAGGAGAAGGCGGCUAGGACUUCCGGAACUGGUGAAGAAGAAGGAGGAAGACGGAGUACAGGCCGCGGAGGACGAUGUCCCAGAGGAAGAGCUGAGAGAGAAACUGAGAGAGCUGGGACACCCGGUGAUGCUCUUUGGGGAAUCUCACACUGCGAGGUUAAGGAGGUACAGGAAGUUGACGACGGUGAUGAGCAAGGGCCCCAUACCGACGACGCUGGAGUUGGUGGAGGAGAAGGAUAUGAGAGUCGGCGGGACGGUGCCCGCAGAUAAAGACGGCAGGAAGUGGCUGUUCAGACAGCUGGCGAGCUACUUCACCAUGGUUCUCACAGAGUACGAAAGGGCCAUGGAGGAGGAAAGGAGCGGAACGAGCGCCAGUAAGACGGCGUAUAGCGCCAUGGUGCAAACUAGAGAAAAUAUGAAGCCGCUCUUCCGCAAAUUCGAAUCCAACGAUGUGGACGACUCCCUCCUCUCACCGGUAGUGCAAAUCGUGCAAGCCCUCCAGGAAAGGCGCUACGUCGACGCCAAUGACGACUAUCUCCGUUUGAGUAUCGGCAAAGCUGCAUGGCCGAUUGGCGUGACCAUGGUUGGUAUCCACGAGAGAAGUGCUCGCGAGAAGCUGCAUAAUGGCGAGAAGGGUCACGUCAUGGGCGAUGAAGUCACGCGCAAGAUUUUGCAGAGCAUCAAGCGCUGUCUUACCUUUGCCCAAGUGAGGUGGCCGCCGACGGAUUUGAGACAGUUGAUGGGCUGA